UGACUUUCUCGGCUUUUCAAAAAUUUAUCAAAGACGAUAUUGGAAAAAUAACGGUUUCUGAAAUCAAUAAUCUUUUUUCUCAAAACAAUUAUUUAAGUCUCUAUGUAAAGGUUUUGGGUGAACAUAUCUCCUCUUUAGAUACUAAACUCGACGACCUCAUUUUGUUAGUUAAUAAACUCAGUACCCAAACAAACUCUUCCAACAUUGCCUCCACUUCCCAAACCCCUGCGGCAACAGAAGGAAUCAUUCUUUCUAAACCUUGUAUUCAACGACCCCUAGAAAUAGAGGGCUUUACUAAGGCUUCGCCCCUAGAACAGCUAGAAACUCUUUUAGAUAAAAAAUUCUCUAGACUCAAUAUCCAACCUCUGACUAUGUCCACCGAUCAUAUCCAAACUAUUGAGUCAAAUUUUGCGGAUCAUCUCGCAUCCUCCGAUCAUCCAGGAGAAGUUCUCUCUUCCGAACUUUAUAAACUCAGAGGACUAAUAAAACCACAAUCCGGAAAAAAAAAAUUCGCUGAUAUUCCCCGCAUGUCUACCGCUUAUUAUCCUCGUCCCACUCCUCAAGAUGUUCUGAUCGAAGAAAGGGAUUGGAAUCAAACAAACACUUCGUAUAGCGGCGACGCUAUUUACGAAUGGAAUAUUGAUGGUCUUUCUGAUCGCCAAAUCUCUAUUCUAAUUCAUCGUAUGUCCAUGUAUGCUACUAUUUGUCUGGCCACAAAAGCCACUGAUAGAAACGCCAAAACUGACCAAACAAUCUGUAAAAUGAUUGUUGCUGGAUUCACUGGUCAACUCCGUGGCUGGUGGGAUAAUUUCCUAGAUGACGCUAAACGCGCGGCGAUUUUUGACGCCACCAAUGAAAAAGAGGGCAAAGAUAAUCUUGGCCGCACUCUUGCUGCAGGCCGAUCUGAUGCCGUUUAUACCCUCAUGCUGACUAUUAUUGAACACUUUGGCGGAAGGUUCACUAAUCAUCAUGAAAAUAUUCGCACUCUUCUUAAUGGGUUAAAAUGCCGGCAUCUUGGGGAAUUUCGUUGGUAUAAAGAUACCUUUCUUAGCCGGGUCAUGGAUUUACCCGAAAGUAGAUACGAACACUGGAAAGCCAAAUUCAUUGAUGGCCUUCCUCCCCUUUUUGCUGAACGUGUUCGCAAAACUCUUCGCGGAUCUUAUGGUGAGAUCCCCUAUGCUGACAAAACUUAUGGGCAAUUGAUCGUAGCCUGUACUCAAGAAGGGUUAGCCCUUUGUAACGAGUUAAAACUGGCUAGACAGAUCAAAAUUGAUAAACUCCGAGAAAAAACUCAACUAGGUGAUUUCUGCGAACAAUUUGGCAUGGAAAAACCCUUAAUCCGAAAACCCUACAAAUCUUCCACAUAUCAAUCUAAAUCUAAACGUCCUCGGCGACGUAGUAAGGAGCAGCGAGAGACUCGUAAAUCCUUCCGAAAAUCUACUCGAUUUGCUAAAAAUCGUUCAAAACGAGACUUAGCAAAGAUUAAAUGCUACAAAUGCAAUCAAUACGGUCAUAUUUCUCCAAAUUGUAAAUUGCAAAAAUUAAAAACUCUGAAUCUUUCUGAUGACAUUCAGAAUCAAGUCUAUAAUUUGUUGUACACUUCUGAUUCUGAUUCCGACUCAGACUUCACUUCUGAAACUGAUUUUCAACUUCCUGACUCUGAUAAUCAUCUCGAACAGCCUGAAAAAUGUGUUGAUUGUGAUAAUCAUGACUGCAAUUGUGAUGAAGCGAUGUACAAACUUCAAGCUCAAUUUGAAGAUAUUGAUUUAGACGUUAAAACCAUUACUUCUGAAAAUGUUCUCGAAUUGUUAAAAGAAGUCACGGACGAAAAGCUUCGUGACAAAAUUCUGAAUUUAGCCACUCAAAAAUCUUCUCCUUCUUCUAGUUCUACCGUUUCAGCACGAGAUAAUUUUGAAACUCAGCCUAUGGCAUAUUCUUUGGAUGAAGUUCAUCGAAGGUCACAAGCCAAGCGAAAAGGAUUUUACAAAUACUGA